CUUUCCUGAGGGAAUGUGCUGGAGGUACAGUAUAAUUGAAUGCUAUGCCAGGAGUCGACGUAAAUACUUACGCUGUAGAGAGAGAGAGAUAGAGAGAGAGAGCAGUGAGUCACUUCCAAUUAGCCUUUCAGAACGGAGUUUCUUUGUGAGGGACACGAACGACGGGACCUUUACGUUUCAAGAGGAGAGAGGAGUGAGCUUGCAUUGACUCAGGCUUCAACCCGACUGGCACAGAGUUACAGAUGAGCGCAGAGCAACAAGCGGGAUUCACCCUCAGCGCCCCCGCAGCUGUCUCGGAGACCUAACCCGCGCUCGUCUCUUCUUUUUCACAGCGAGAAACUUCUUUCUUGUCCUUUGUUUUCACUGCACGUUGCUGUUGUUCAGAAAGAACGAACCUUUGCUCUAAUAACAUCACUGUGAAGCGCCGAGGGCUUUCAUUCCUCAGCGGGCUGACACAGCAAGGAUCACAGAACAGGCUGGACUGUUUCUGUCAAACAGCUGGACUGGAGAAAUCAAUCGUUUUUGCAGUUUUGCAAAGCCCUGCAGUUCCCACAGUAAAAAACCCUUUGCGUGUCACAAGAUGCACUCAACAUGCCCUUUCCGCUAUAACUAUUUGCCACAAGACCCUGCCAAGCUUUUUUUAUGAUGGAACAUGCUUAAAUUUACUCUACGCAAGAAAAACAAACAAAAAAUAUCUUGGAGAUUUGAAGCAGCCCAUUGAAAAAACCGACUGGAGAACAGAGAUUACGACCACUUUCUACGUUAAACCUCGUGUGAAUUUUAAAAAAAAUACCUCCCCCAUAUUCCUGCGGUUCUCCGGGUCUCUGCGGAGCGAUGGUCCUGCUUUUGGAAACCGCUCCGCCCGGGAUCUUCUCCAACUGUUCCAACUGCACUCAGACUGCGGGCGCGGGGGUGGACCUCACAAAGGCGCUGACCCUGGGGCUGAUUCUGGGGGUCUUCAUCGUGUUCGGGAUCCUGGGAAACAUCCUGGUCAUCCUCUCCGUGGUCUGCCACCGGCACCUGCAGACGGUCACACACUACUUCAUCGUGAACCUGGCGGUGGCCGACCUGCUGCUCAGCUCCGUCGUGCUGCCCUUCUCUGCCACCUUCGAGAUCCUGGGCCGCUGGGUCUUCGGCAGGAUCUUCUGCAACAUCUGGGCAGCUGUGGACGUGCUGUGCUGCACCGCCUCCAUCAUGAGCCUAUGCGUGAUCUCCGUGGACCGCUAUGUGGGGGUCAGCUACCCGCUGCGCUACCCCGCCAUCAUGACGGAGCGCCGCGGGCUCCUGGUGCUGCUGGGGCUCUGGGCUCUGUCCAUCACCAUCUCCAUCGGGCCCCUCUUCGGAUGGAAGGAGCCGGCACCGGAGGACGAGAGCGUGUGCAAGAUCACGGAGGAGCCCGGCUACGCCAUCUUCUCUGCGUUCGGCUCCUUCUACGUGCCGCUCACCGUCAUCCUGGUGAUGUACUGCCGGGUGUACGUGGUGGCCAAGCGGGAGACACGCGUGCUGAGGUCCGGGGUGAAGAGAGAGAGAGCAGGCUGCGCGGUGGAGGAGGUGACCCUGCGCAUCCACCGGGGGAACACCGUCACCCCUCCCAGCGACGAGGCCCUGAAGAGCCGCACACACUUCUCCAUCCGUCUGCUCAAGUUCUCGCGCCAGAAGAAGGCCGCCAAGACCCUGGGCAUCGUGGUGGGCUGCUUCAUCCUCUGCUGGCUGCCUUUCUUCAUCGUGCUGCCCAUCGGGUCUAUUUUCCCUGCUUACCGGCCCUCGGAGACCGUCUUCAAGAUCACGUUCUGGCUCGGAUACUUCAACAGCUGCAUCAACCCCAUCAUCUACCCCUGCUCCAGCCAGGAGUUCAAGAAGGCCUUCCAGAACGUGCUGAACGGGGGCCCGGGCCCCAAAACGCCCCCACUGGGGCUCCCAGAGGGGCACAGGGACCCGGGGCUCAGCCCCUCCAGGCCGGUGUCCUGCCAGCUGUCCCUGGGAGGGGGCAGUGCGGAGUGGAAGGGGUUCCCGGGGCUGGGGGUGGGGGGUCGUGCGUGCUGCGGGGCCACGACGGCCCGUGUGCGCAGUAAGAGUCUGCUGCGGGCUUGCUGCUGCGUUGCCACGGAAACCACACCCCAGCCAAUCAGGCCGAGCCCCCUGCCUGUCAUCAAGGUGCACAUGCUCUCUCUGUGCGAGAAUGGGGAGGCUGUGUAA